AACCUGAACCUAAAGCCCCCCAAAAUGCCAUAAGCCCCGAGACGCCGCCGUCUCUCCCUUAAACCCUAAACUCAGCCCCGCACCUCCGCCAUGCGAGGCCGCCAUCAUCUGCUUGGCUUCCUCCGCCGCGCCGCGGCAGGCUCCUUCUCCGCGGCCCGCCAUGCUGAUUCUCUCUCCCUCCUACACCCCAUCCCGCCGGGAAAUGGCGCCGCCGUUCCCAUCAGCACCCGCUUCCUCUCCUCGCGCACCGGCGGCGCCGCGCGGAGCCUAAUCGAGGACGAGGCUGACCUCAGCGACUGGGUCAGCGACAUCAAGGCCGACUCCUUCAACCUUGGUCUCAGCAGCGGCGACGAGCGCGAGGCCUCCACCCGCAAACCCGCUGCCUCCAGGGGAGGCCGAAGAGGGAGGGAUUCGGGGGGACCGCCGACGAGGUCGAGGUUUGAUGGCGGUGAGUUCGGCGGAGAGAGACGCGGCGGGGAUUUUGGCGGUGAUAGGCGCGGUGGUCGGUUCGGCGGCGAUAGUCGUGGUGGUCGGUUUGGUGGCGACAGGCGUGGUGGUCGAUUCGGCAGCGAUAGUCGUGGUGGUCGGUUCGGGGGCGAUAGGCCUGGCUCUGAUCGAAGGGGGAGGGUGGUGAGUUCUGAUCUCAGUGAUGAUGGUGAAUCUGGGUUUGGUUCUGCGAGGGGAAGGCGAGGGCGGGGCGGGAUGUCUUCGGGGUUUUCACAGAGAGGAGGGAGGGGAGGUGAUUUUGGUGAUGAGGCUGGGUUUCGGUCUUCGAGGGGUCAGCGUGGCCGGGGUGGGAGGGCAUCGGGUGUGUCACACAGGGGAGGGAGGUAUGGUGAUUUGGAUGAUGAAGAAUCUGGGAUUGGGUCUCCCAGGGGAAGGCGAGGUCGUGGUGGGAGGACAACAGAUUUGUCAGGUAGAGGACGCAGGGGAAGCGAUCUGGAUGACGAGGAGGAUGACAGCGGUGAAGAAGUUGGUUUUAGGUCUCCCAGGGGAAGACGAGGCCGUGGUGGAAGGGCAUCAGGUUUGUCAAGCAGAGGAGGCAGGGGAAGCGAUCUGGAUGAUGAAGAGGAUGACAGUGGUGAAGAAGUUGGUUUUGGGUCUCCCAGGGGAAUUCGUGGCCGUGGUGGAAGGAUGUCAACUUUGUCACGCAGAGGAGGUACGGAAAGUGAUUUGGAUGACGACGAUGACGACGACGACGAUGAUGCAAUUGAGUUUGGAGCUUCUGGUGGAAGGCAUAAUCGUGGUGGGAGAGCAGAGAAGAUGGGGAGUUUGGGAUCACGUAGAGGAGGUAAAGUCAGGGAUGUGGAUUUUGGUGAUCGACGGUCAAAGGGUCGGAAAAUGUCUGAUUUUGGUUCAUCAGAGGAUGAUAGUGAGUCAGGGGAAGUUGAUGAGGAUGAUGGGCCAUCGGGUUUUGAGGAUGGUCUCUCUGGUGAUGAUUCUGGCCAGGAGGAUUUUGUUAACAGUGCAGCUAAGAAAUCUGUCUCUUCUGAGUCAGUUGAACAGGAGACUGUACUGGGCACAAGAGAUAAUGGAGGUGCUGAUUCGUAUUUGAGUCAGAGAAGGUUUGAUGAAUGUUCUCUCUCUCCCGCGACAUUAAAAGGUGUUAAAGCUGCUGGGUAUGAACGGAUGACUGCGGUUCAGGAGGCCACGCUUCCUAUUAUACUUAAAGGGAAGGAUGUCCUGGCCAAAGCAAGGACAGGAACCGGAAAAACUGUGGCAUUCUUGCUUCCAGCCAUUGAAGUUGUCUCCAAAUUGCCCCCUCAUGACCAUGAUAAAAAAAGACCACCCAUUAGUGUUAUUGUUGUGUGCCCGACACGCGAGCUUGCUGAUCAGGCUGCUGCAGAGGCUAACAAACUUCUUAAAUUCCAUCCAUCAAUUGGAGUACAACUUGUAAUUGGUGGCACUAGGAUGGCUCUUGAGCAGAAACGCAUGCACACAAACCCUUGCCAGAUUCUGGUAGCUACACCGGGAAGGCUUAAGGAUCAUAUGGAGAACACACCAGGAUUUGCUACUAGAUUGAUGGGCGUCAAAUUCCUUAUUCUUGAUGAAGCUGACCGCUUGUUAGAUAUGGGGUUCCGAACUGAUAUCGAGAGAAUAGUAGCUGCACUCCCCAAACAGCGCCAAACACUCCUAUUUUCUGCUACAGUUCCAGAUGAGGUUCGUCAAGUAUGUCAUGUUGCCAUGAAAAGAGAUCUUGAAUUUGUCAACACUGUUCAAGAAGGAAGUGAGGAAACACAUUCACAGGUGAAACAAAUGCAUUUGGUUGCGCCACUAGAUAAACAAUUCUCUAUCCUAUAUGGUCUUUUAACGGACCAUAUUUCGGAAAAUGUUGACUACAAGGUGAUUGUGUUUUGUACAACAGCAAAAGUAACAAGUCUUGUUGCUGAACUCCUGUCUGAACUGAAGUUGAACGUACGUGAGAUCCACUCCAGAAAGCCACAAAGUUACAGAACCAGGAUAUCAAAAGAAUUUAAGGAAUCAAAGGGUCUUAUUCUUGUUAGCUCUGAUGUAUCUGCUAGGGGUGUUGAUUAUCCUAAUGUCACACUAGUUCUGCAGUUGGGUGUUCCGAGUGACAGGGAGCAAUAUAUCCACCGUCUUGGUAGAACUGGCCGCAAAGGUAAUGAGGGGAGCGGAGUCUUAUUGUUGGCACCAUGGGAAGAAUACUUCUUGAGAAGUAUCAAAGAUUUGCCUAUUACAGAGGCAACACUACCACUAAUUGAUUUGGACACUAAACGGAAGGUUGAGAAAGCUCUUGCACAUGUGGAGGUGAAAGAUAAGGAAUCUGCGUAUCAAGCAUGGCUUGGUUACUAUAAUUCGAAUAAGCAAAUCGGCCGUGAUAAGUACCAGCUUGUAUCGCUGGCUAAUGAGUUCAGUAGAAGUCUGGGGCUCAACAAUCCUCCAGCACUGACUAAGCUUAUCCUUAAAAAGAUGGGACUGAGCAACAUUCCAGGUCUACGGUCAAAAUAAUCUUCCAUCAAAGUAAGUGUCCUUGAAUCUACGGUCGGGGUGCCGACAAUAUGCUACUCCAUAUUGGUACCUGUGUUUCGAGUGAGUAAUCAAACUGUGCAUUGAUAACAAGUUGUCUCAUACAGAUACAAGUCAUGCUUGCAGUACGGCGAGCUUCCACAUUACUUGUUUUCAGUCUUUCAUUGUAAGAUGAAAACACACCUUAAAUGCAUGUCCCUACAAGUAUUUGCUGUGUUGCAUAUCCUGGACAACAGUUUGACUACGGUGACGCUAUUAGCAAUUUCACCAGGCAUCUGGGAAACAGUAUCAGAGUUAUUGGCCCUUGACUUGAUCUGGUGGUUCUGUCCCCUUCAUAUUUUUAGCUUCUUUUUCAGUUUCAGUUCGGCAAUUUCUUGUACUUGGCGCCGCCGCCAAGAUGAAUGUUUCCUACUUCACAAAUUCAGUAUAGUACUCCCUCCGUCCGAAAA